UUGUUCCUCCGCAACCGCAUCACAUGAAGAACCUGGACCUGGAUUCUCAACGAUUGACGCUUUUUCCCAUCCCGACGAGGUCUAAAAGGCGCUGUUUGCGUCUGAUCGACUUGCUAAACACUGGCGUGUCUUGAACGACCCACAGGAAAGUUUGGUCGGCGUCCAAAUCGCAGGAGAAACAAACGUAUGGUGCACACCACAUGAGUAGGACCAACAGCAAGAAGGGCAGCAUACAGGCACAGCAGGGCUUGUCGUGGCUCACCGGUGCACAGGAGGGAGGGAGAGAGGGGGAUAUCGGCCUGGCGGAAAGAGGAGGAGGAGGAAGAGAGGGGCGAGGAGAGAAGUUGCUGGGCGGUCAGCAGAAGAAGUACGAGAAAGAGGAGCGAGCCGGUAUCUUCCGGGUUGGCAUUCAGAACCCUGCCUCUCUCCGGCAGCACCAGCACCAGCACCGGCACCAUCAUAUGCCCGCGAACAGCGCGUUCCCGCUGCUAUUGCGCCGCGUGGCCUGCUUGCUAUCGCUCCGGGCGAUUGGGUGUGAUGCGUUGUACGCUUGGAGUAACCCUGGAGAGCCCCCAGAGUACUGUACCUUGUUCAACCACAUGGUCAAGAGCGGAGGCUCUACCAUCAAGGACAAGUUGGACAUUGCCGCCAAAGCAGAUGGGGUUGACGGGCCAGCCAUGUGCGUGAAUGGGGUUGGGUACGAGGAUAGCUGUCUGAAGGCCAUGCACAGCGCUCCGGUCAUCGUGGGAUACGCAGAGCUUUUGAGGUAUCCGUUGGAGGUCAUCGGCCGAGAGUGCGAGUACUUCACCGUCAUGAGACAUCCGAUAGAUAGGCUGCUGUCAGCCUUCUUCUAUUGUCCCGCCUACGGUGACGUGCAGGACAGGCCACCAAAGUGGUGCGGCUACGCGAAUGACCCGCAGCCUGUGACAGAUCGACUGGUAGAGUUCGCCAAGUACGGCUGGAAGAACAAGGCCUUCAGGCAGAUGACCUUCGGCCUGUACUGCCCACCGAACGCCUUCUGCGAGCAGGCUGAGCCCGGGGCACAGCAGGCCGUGCACGAACCAGGGGGAUGGAUUCUGUUGGAGCAAAUUGAGGCUAUCUUGGCCACUUACACGGCUGUGGGUAUCCUCGAGUACUGGGACCUGUCGAUGCAGCUCUUCAAUGCCCGAGUGACAUCACCCGUAUGGGAUUGGGAGGACAUGGAGCAUUCCAACAGGGGGCAGCGAUCCGGAUUGCGCGACGAGGUCCACCGAUGGGCUCACAUGAGCCCUGAGAUACACCGCGUCAUGGCGACCGAUAUGCUCCUCUACGACUACUCCGUCUCGGUCUUCAAGCUACAGACAUCAGCCUCGUUAGGCACGAUAUGGGAGACACGCACCUAGAAUGGAUGGUCUCGAUGUUCAAGCUGUAGACAUCGCCCUCGUCAGGCAAGCAAAAAGUGAUGUCGAUUUUGUUAUGGUUUUCUGGUCGGUUGUGUUGAUUAGGGUGGGUUGUUACAGUUGGUAAGGAGAAAGAGGGAAGAGCUCUUGGGGGGGGUGGGGUGUCUUGGGAGAGACCGAACCACGCUCCGCCCCCUGCGCGUGUUUUUGUUAUUGUCGUGGGUGAUGGUUCUGAUAAUGUAUUUUUUGUGAUGGGCUGGUUGUUGCCACGCGAAGGGAUAAGACACGUCCGGCCGGCCGGGUUCACUGCAGAUGUGGCGUGUGCUAAGCUGUAGGAAGGCGAGACCGAUAGGAAAGAAGCUGGCCGAAGCACUCGCUGGUGGGAAGCGCGAGAGACUUACGCACACCAACAUAAAUGCCAGAAGCAGGGAAAUGGAGCGAGCUUGCUUGUGGCGAGACGGGGAAGUCUUUUUGUUUGGGCAGCAGGGCUUUGGUUGCCCCGUUGGGGCGUUUUUUGAACAGAGGGAGUAUCUGUGCUCGUGCGAGCAUUUAUGUGCUUGCUGCUCGCGACGAACAGAUUUGGCGCUAAGCCGUGUAGUGCCGACUGGAAGGAAGUUUUUGUCCCGGUGGCUUUGCAGUCCUGGCCGAGAAACCGCCGCUGAGGAGAAGGAGGGAGGGGGGUCCGGCGGAUGAUAGGUCUGUGUUUGACCCCCCGCCGCAGCCCUAUCAUGCAGUUCUAUCGAUUGCGCAGCCUACAGUUCCACCGAUUGUCCCGCCGAUUUCAGUUGACCGACCAUAACUCCAUCAAUAAUAGGUAUUUUCUUUCUUUUUUUUAGUAUUGAUCUCCAUUACAAAUGCCACAAGAGUUGUUCAGGGACCAAAUCGAUUUGAGACGUUUCUGAGAAUCCGUGGUUUUCGUACACGUUUUUCCAGGCGUUUUUGGGAGGGAGGGGAUGAAACUGUUCGUCCAAUAUCUCGAUAACCACUAUCGUAAUCAUGCCAGUUUUUGUUUUGUUCUUGGUUGAUAUCGGCGGGGUUUGAGCAGGCGAACGCGAUGGCGCCCUCAGAAAAAAGAAAAAC